UCUCUAUGCUUUACGACAAUCUUCCUCAUCGUCUAUCUUCCUCUGGUCAUUGUGCAGAAACUUUAUUCGUCCUUGUUGCCGUACAACAUGAGCCUUUCGGCUGACACUCCACUCAGUGAACUUUCGCUCGAGCUUCUGAUUUUGCAGGUGGUUCUACCUGCUUUAUUAGAGCAAACGCAAGCUCGAUUUUUGCUCAAAACUAUCGUGAUGUGGUGGUGCGUGCAUGUCGGGGGCGCUCUCAGUUUGGAUAGGUACCUUCUGCCUGAUUUACCGAAUCCUGAGCACCAGCAAGAUGGCGCUGGAGCGCAAGGUGCGGGUGGUCUAGCUGCUGAACACCAGGCGUUGCUGCUUCUUCGUGAACCGCAGGCUUUCCAGCCCUACAUUCGCCCUCGAUUCUUUCCUCUCCGAGUUCUGGUACUUCUUGCGACUAUGGCAGCCACAUGCUGUUUUGCAAGCUGCUUACUUUUCCUUGUACCAGUGGUUGUUGGAAGAGCGAUCAUCCACAAUCUGACUGGCUACUCUAAUGUGCACGAGCUUUACACUGUUGGAACGGGCUUGUAUGUAUGCUGGAUGUCUGUGAAAAUGGGUUUACUUACGUUGCAUUGGUUCCACCUCGGUCUAAAUCAUCUGAGAGAAGCCUUCGUUAACUCUAUUUAUCUGGUUAGUUUUCUUUUGCUACCCAUUAAGACUUCUAUCAAGGAAUAA